UGCUCGCAGGAUACACCAAAUUUAAGUAGAGAAAUUUUGUUGCUCGCACCCUAUUUAGCUGGGCUAAAGCUUUUGGUGAUUAGAGGAGAUUAUUUUAAUCAAGUAAUCACUGAAAUAUCAAGAGAGCUGGUAUGGCUUAGCUGGUUCGAUAUUGGGCAAAGGAAUCUUCCGGCACAGCUUUCAUUGAAACAUUUAAAAGUUUUACAAUUAUCUGAAAUAAUUUUGCCAGAGAAACAUCACUUACAAGAGCUGUGGGACGCUGAGAGCGAUGGUCCCGUGCAGUUAAGAGAGUUGGCUAUUUCUAAUUGCGACAAGUUUCAAGGAUUUCCAAACUCAAUCGGGCGUCUCAAAGAGUUGAAAAAGAUAGUAGUCAAUGGAUCUUUCAAUUAUUAUUUUAGGAAUCCGCCACAAGAAUUUUGCGGUCUCCAAUUGCUGGAGCACCUCGAAUUACAGUCCUGUAAAAUGCUACUAUCACUACCCAGCAGUUUCGGCGAUUUGACAAAUCUGCGGUAUCUCAGUUUGAAGGAUUGCUGCAGCUUGGGGAGAUUGCCGGUUACUUUUAAGAACUUGAUGCUCCUGCAAUAUCUCAAUUUAAAGAGGUGUAGACAGCUCAUACUAAUGUUAGAUGAUUUCCAAAACAUUGCAGAGCUGGAGUAUUUGAACCUGUCUGAGUGCGACGCAGUGGAAGAGUUGCCUCAUCACAUCACAAAUCAGGUGUCCUUGAAAGAGCUUUAUUUAGAUGGUAUGAAGAGGUUAAGGGAGCUUCCAAUUAAAAUAGGUGAACUAAGCAGGCUGCAAAAGCUGAAGAUAGGAAAUCGCUUGGUCAAUAUUACUGUUGGUUCCAACCUAAAAUUCUUGCCUAACUCUCUUGGAGAUUUAUCCUCCUUAACUGUUCUUUCAAUUCAGGAAUGUCCCAACCUAAAGUCAUUACCGACCUCUCUUGGAAAUUUACCCUCCUUAACUGAUCUUUCAAUUCAUAAAUGUCCCAACCUGUUGUUUUUACCCACGUCUCUUAGAAAUUUGUCCUCCUUAACUGAUCUUUCAAUUCAUGAAUGUCCCAAACUGGAAUCUUUACCGGCCUCUCUUGGAGAUUUCUUCUCCUUAACUAGUCUUUCAAUUUAUGAAUGUCCAAAGCUGGAAUUCUUACCGUCCUCUGUUGGGCAUCCUACUCUGUUAGGAGUGGUGUUCGUCAAUCUGAAGCGGAUGCAACUACUAGGAACAGAAGUGUGUAGGAUUUCAAUUUCUAAAGACAAUUAUCCUUGCCUUGAGAGUCUGGAUUUAGGCAGUAGCAGUUAUUUAAUGGAGAUUCAAGCGUUGCCAAUAAACCUUGAAUGGCUGCAUAUAUGUUGGUGUCCACACUUGUUCGUGCUUCCGAGCUUUGCAUGCUUAACUUCUCUCAAAGAAUUUGAAGUACGAGGUUGCCACCAAAUUAAAAAAAUUGAAGGUUUAAAAUAUUGCACAAGAUUGGAAACAUUGAGACUACACACCUGCUGGGAGGUGUCGGGCAUUGAAAGUUUGGAGCACAUGGAGAAACUAAGGAUGGUAGAGCUCAGAGCAAACAAGGGAUCAGCUAUUAGAAGUUGCAUUAAAACGAUACAGAAAUGGCCAGAUGAAAUAAUAAUGUGUACGCAGGCGGUCUCUCACGCGUCCUCACUUGUAGACUCCUUACAACUCUCUCCUCAUCUCUCUGUCGUCGACUCCUUCUCUAACAAUAAUCUUUACUGCAUACCGGAAUUGAUGCGCAACUGUUUCUCCAAUCGCAAUGCCAUUAUGGUGUGCUAUGUUAUAGAUUCUGUUGAUUAUUUACAAAUGCAAAUUUUUUUAGAACGGCGUGAAGAAAUGAUUCAAGGAACUUUAAGCCUUAGUUUAAUGUCUUCGAUGGAGAUUGGAAAGGGUAGAUGGGCAGUGGUAGGUGUCUUCACACAACGUUCCGAAUGGCUCAGAACAGAGGACUCUUCAAGAUACUCAUUCCAAAUAAGGGCUGCUGCCCGAGGAUGGACAGCGGAAGUGGAGAGAGGUUUGGCUGUCACAGGGGAAGAGCAAAGUUUACAAGGUUUUGCUAUGGAGGCAUUGCGCCAGUUGACAUAUUGAAGGCUAAAGAUGACAUCCAUGAUAUGCCUGUAAGAAUCUUCAAGCUACACUGACAUCACAGUUAGUCAUUUAAUAAUAAAGAUUUUAUAAGUAUGUGGAGUAAGGAAUGUACAAAGACUGUUAUUUUUAUCUUUGACAAACAAAAAGGCAUAUGCGUCACAUUUAUACGCAUCUUUAAGUAAA